AUGUCGAAUUUGCGUGAGCAUUCGUCAGAGUCCAUGUCAGGCCCAGACACCUCGGGCUUGAAGCCGUUAUCCAAUGCCAACGAUGACGACUUCCAUUCCUUGUCCAGCACCAACAAUCACGACCUGGCUCAGAUCCUCGACCGUGCCGGCAUCUCCAUCACGGGUGGGGGAUUCCCUCUCGAUGAUCCCGAGGACGAUGAUGAGGUAGAUGAGGACUAUGUUGCGGUCGACCAAGACGACGCGAAUGACUACCCUUACUGGUACCGACGGCCACCAACUCACCACCGCACCAAGCUGGACGAACUCCACCCAUUUGUACAACUCCUUUCCGCCUCGAACGUGGAGGAUUGUGUCGCAGUGGAAAAUGCCUUCCCGGAGCCAGAGCGCUGUUCGCGUGAGAAAUUCAUCUACCGCUUGACGCGCUGUCCGGAACUCAGCCUCGGCUUGUUCACAUUGCCCGUCCUUGACGAGAACCAGCCCAAACCCCGUCCCACCUUGGUCGGACACAUCAUCGCAACCCGCACCAGUGAGCCUUUGGUGACGGACCGCGCGAUGCGGCUACCCAAGGACUGGCACUCACAGCGCUGGACCUUUGAAGACAAUCAGGCCGUCGGACACGAGGAGGGUGGCAGCACCAUUGCAAUUCACUCGCUCGCAGUGCUCCCGGAGCAUCAAGGAAAGCAGGUCGGCAGCACUUUGCUCAAGUCUUACAUCCACCGGAUCCGGGAAGCCCAGAUUGCCGAGCGCAUCGCGAUCAUUGCCCACGAGCACCUGGUGCCUUUCUACGAGUCAUUCGGAUUUGAGUCGCGUGGUCCCAGCAAGUGUCAAUUUGGCGGAGGUGGCUGGGUGGAUUUGGUCUUGGAGUUUGGCAACGAUGGCAACGAGGAAAUGAAUUGA